UAAACUGAUAUACACAUAAAUAUAUAUAUAUAUAUAUAUAAUAACCAUUGAUGAUAUAUAUAUAGAUGGUCGAUGAAUAACUGAUGGAAGCUCCGAUGCUGUCUCUCACUGAAAUCCUUUCAACUGAAAAUCCCGCCAAUCAGCUCUACAAGCUCAACCGUCUUCUCGCCGCCCUAACCCGCUCCCGGCGCCACUCCGACUGCCUCGGCCUGUUUGCUCGAGCCCGCUGCCACCUCAGGCCCGACCACUGCACCCUCUCCACCGCCCUAUCCGCCACAGCUCGCAGCCGCAACACCACAUUCGGUGCCCAACUCCAUGCGCUCUCUGUCCGCACUGGCCUCACGACCUACCUCCAUGUGUCCAACUCCCUCCUCUCCCUGUACGAGAGGGCCGAUGAUAUCGAUUCCGUGAGACGGGUUUUCGAUGAGAUUGAGAACCCAGAUGUGUACUCUCGGACUACUUUUCUCUCUGCUUGUGUUAAGCUGGGACAUCUGGGCUACGCUUAUCAAGUGUUCAACGAAAUGCCCGAGAAAGAACUCGCCGUGUGGAAUGCGAUGAUCACGGGCUUUGCGGAGAUUGGGCACGAAGAGAUGGUGUUUUGGAUGUUCUCGGAGAUGCAUAGAUUAGGCGUUGGGCAUGACAAUUACAGUUUCGCUAGUGUCUUGAGCGUGUGCUCUUUGGGGACGGUUGAUAUCGGGAAGCAAGUCCAUUGUUUGAUCAUCAAGACCGGGCUUUUAGCCAGAGUUGUGGUGAUUAACGCCUUGCUUACUCUGUAUUUCAACUGUGAGUAUCACUCGGAGGCCUGUGCUGUGUUUAAUGAAGCAGGAGUUCGCGAUGAGAUUACAUUUAAUGCCAUGAUCAAUGGGCUUGUGGGCUUGAACAGAGGCGAGGAAGCAUUGGUGAUUUUCCGGAAAAUACUAGAGGCGUGUCUGGGACCCACUGAGCUCACCUUCGUAUCCCUCAUGUGCCUGGAUUUGUCCAAAGAAUCUGCUGGGCAGCUACAUUCUCAAGCCGUCAAGAGAGGACUGGAAAGCUACACAUCUGUGAGUAAUGCAGCAAUGUCAAUGUACUCGAGCUGUGAAGAUCUUUGCACAGCUCACAUGAUUUUCGACCAGUUGGAGGAGAAGGAUCUUGUCUCUUGGAACACAAUUAUAUCUUGCUAUGCACGGGGGAACCUUUGUAAAUCGGCAAUCUCAGCCUUCUUACAGAUGAGGUGGCUAGGAAUUAGCCCAGAUGAGUACAGUUUUGGAAGCUUACUAGCUAGCUCGGACUCGGUGGAAAUUGUGGAGACGGUACGAGCACUAUUAUUGAAAAAUGGGCUAAUUGAAAAGGUACAAGUAUGCAAUGCAUUAGUUUCUUCGUACUUUAAGAAUGGAUAUGUUGACCAGGCACUCGAAAUAUUCCAGGGAAUGCCUCAUAAGAAUUUGAUCACAUGGAAUACUCUCAUUUCAGGAUUAAUGUUCAAUGGGUUUCUUUUCCAGGGCUUAGAGGGUUUCUCACAAUUACUGAUUUCUGGACUAAGACCAAAUGUAUAUACCCUAACUAUUGCUUUGAGCAUUUGUGCAAAUAUUUGUUCUUUGGGACACGGAAGGCAGAUGCACUCCUACAUCCUUAGAAAUGGUUUCUCGUUACAUUCAUUAUUAGGAAACUCCCUGAUUGCUAUGUACUCAAAAUGUGGAGAUUUUAAUCAUUCAUUGCGAGUUUUCGACGUCAUGGUUGAGAGAGACAAAGUAUCGUGGAACUCUGCAAUCUCAGCUUUGGCUCAGCAUGGGAAAGGGAAAGAAGCGGUGGAAUUAUUCGAGGACAUGAGAAAGGAAGCUUCCUGCAGACCUGAUGAGGCCACUUUUACAGCCUUAAUUUCUGCUUGCAGCCGCUCAGGUUUGUUGAACGAGGGCGCUGAGGUUUUCAACACUAUGGUGAACUCCUAUGGCAUCAUCCCUCAGGAGGACCAUGUAUCCUGUCUGCUUGACCUUGUUGGCCGAGCGGGAUAUCUUGAUGAGGUGGAAAGGGCAAUUAGCAGUGACCAUCUUAAAGGAAGUCGGAGCUCGUUGUGGACUUUGUUCAGUGCUUGUGCUGCUCAUGGGAAUUUAAGGUUGGGAAGGGUUGUAGCUCAGCUGCUGCUUGGAAGUGAAAAAGGUGACCCAUCGGUAUAUGUUCUUUUGUCCAACAUAUAUGCAGCCGCUGGGCAGUGGAAGGAAGCAGCUGAUGUGAGAGAAGACUUGAAGAAAAACGGAGUGGUGAAGCAACUCGGGUGUAGCUGGAUUGGGUCAUAAGGAUUCACGUAGCAAUAUUAUAGCAAAGUGAAUUUGAUGGAGGCAGUGAUACAUCAGUUUGUACAACAAAAUCGAUGUACUUUUUUUCUAACUUAUGAGGUGAAUAGAAUCUGGCAGUCAAUGCAUUUGUCAUACCGCUUUCUGCAAAAAAAAAAAAGAAAAAAAGAAAAAAAAAAGUAUGCCCUAGCUCUAAGGAAAGGAUGAUAUAACCAAAUUGGAAUUGCGUAGAUUCGGCUGA